GAGAGUCCGAUUGGGGCGGGCUCUCUCGUAAUCAGAGAGAAUACUGCAGCUCACGCUCAGAUUUCCCAUGCUGUUACCGGCUUGGCUCUGCAGCCCCUCUCUCUCUCUCUUUCUCACAUGCACGCUGACAUAAAUGCACACGCAGUGAACACGGAUCUGUAUCUCUGCACUGAGGAGACAACGUCCUUUACUCGUUUUCUCUGUCCUCAGUUUACUGGCUCCUGUUUUUAGGCAGUGCGUCAGAGGCUGUGCCACACAGAUAUGCCCGGUGAGAAUGCACAUCGGAGUGGCCCCACGCAGGGCCUUCUGGACUCUGGAGACCCACAAUCAGAGCUGCCAGGACCAGAUCUGUCUGGUCAAACAUCCAGCUCUUCAGCCUCAACUCCAACAGACAGUGCCUCCAGUCCUUCUCCCAGCAGCCCUCCAAAACUCUCCCCACUAUGUACUCCUUUUGGACCCCGCCUGGUAAUGGCCAAACCAACCACUUCUCCUCGCCCACAGCCUGAGGGUGCAAGUUUUGAAUUAGAAGGGCAUUCUGGAAAUAUCGGCGUACCAACAGGGCGGUUUGGUAGAGGAGCCUGCAGACGAGGUCCUAUGAAAAUGGAACGGAUCAAAGUCCUAAUUGGAUCAGAAAUAGAAAGUGACUUUCAAGAGCCAGAGACCAUGGACUCAAGGGUGGUAAUGGGGCAAGAGGCAUUGCUGAGAAACAUGGAGACACAAAGUGGAGUGCUGCUAAGAAAGCAGAUAGGUCAAGAAACACCUAGUUCAGGACACCAGCCCUCAGAGCCUUCCAUGAAAUGUCAUAUUGGGCUAGAUGAAAACGCAAAACUAGACACUGGUCAGGUGAGUUCUACUGUAGAUCAGGCUAAGAGUUUGACUUCAGUUCCAGAACAAGAGAAAUGCAUAAGUCAGAUACUUGAAUGUCAAAUCCUAGAGUCCAAAGUGAGAGAUGCUGAAUUGACAGACAGCAGUACUCCUUUCCCAGACAAUGAGGGAGAGCCACUGUCUUUAUCUCAGGGUGAAGUGCCUUCCUUGUCAUUUUCCGAGCCUCCCUAUGUUGUUGACCCACAACGUAUUGGUGUCCUUCCAGGACUGGAUCCUGAUCGCUACUAUACAGCCCCUUCCACCCCCAUUAAGAUGGCUUACUGCUCACAUCUCAAGCAACAGUGGCGCCCAGGGAGCCCGAGCCAAAGUCCAGGUUCCCCAACUGAUGAGUCUGAUCUGUGCUCCCCUCCUACCUCUCCCUCUGGUUCCUACAUGACUGCUGAGGGAGGCAGCUGGACUUCAUACACCUCCAGCACCUCCCACUCAUGCUCUCCAAACUUAACAGCUGAGGCAGAGUUGCAAGAAGCUCCUGCUUGCUAUGUGGGGUCCCUCUCAGAGAUCGGCGACGAGCUUGGAGAUGAUCGAACUGGUAACGAGAGGGAUGCUUGUCUGGGUAAACCUGAUUUGCCAGAGUUGCUGGAAGAUGUGGCCUGUGAAGUGGAUAUACUAACAAGGGACACCUGUAGUCCUCAUUGGGUGACAGAACAUGAUUCCACACAAGAGAGCAGGAUCAUCAUGCGAAGAACAGACUGCCAGGAGGACACAGGGGUGUCUGUGGGCUCUCUGAGGCCUAGUGAUUUCCAGAGAGCCCCUGAUGCAACUCAGGCUUUUAGUGAUCCACAUCAAAGUCUUGAAAUGGAUUUCAAUGCCUGUUUCUCAGAGCCAUCGGUGAGCCUGGAUCGCUCCCUAACACCAGACAAUAAUGCAGCUGCAGCACUGGAUACAGAGAGUAAAACCCCUGUCUCUCACUCUCCAGAUACUGUAGACAUAAAAAGUAAUAGCAGUAAUAGUUUAUAUCUCGAGAUAGGUUCCUCUGCUCCUCUGUUCCAUGGCUAUUCUAGAGAGGAUGGGCUUGAGAGUGAUGCAAUGAUUCCUGCUUCUAUGUUGCCAUUCCAUGGAAGCCUGAUAAUCCAGGCAGAUUCUAUGGAUAUAACCCUGUUCCCCACUGAUGAUGAGCAGGGGAAUGAUGUGGAUGCAUAUGCUGCUGGAGAGGAGGAAGCCGAUGUAGAUGAGUAUGAUGAUGAGGAUGAUGAAGAUGAGUGUGAUGAUGAAGAUGUGGAUAAUGACAAGGCAGAGCAACAAGAGGCAGCUUGGAGGGUUGGAAGGGAAGUGGAAGGCCCAAAUAAAGAUGACACUUCUGCAUCUUUCCUAAAUUCCUUUUCAGAGAACACCAUAAACGAUGGUGUAGAUGAGUCCUUUGCUUAUCAGGAUGAAACUGAGGACUCAAUUAAUUCUACGUCUUAUAACGGGGAUGAAGAUGAACAUCUGUACUGCACAGAGAAGCAUGCUGAACUCUCCCAACAGUUCCCUGGGCCUGAUGAACCUGUGCAGUCAGUAAGCCAUGCUAAACCUGAAUUUUCUGGCAGUGAGAGUGAAAUUGAGAUAUCCUCCAGAUCAUCUGAGCUUCCACGUGUAGAACUGCAAGGGAAUCUGGCAGACUGCAGUAUUCAUGGUGAAAGUGUAAUCGCACAACAAAUUUCAGAAACAAAGUUGCUGAAGGGUGAGCUUUCAAAAGAAUCAACUGCAGAGAUCAAAACAACUGAUGAGGAAGGCAAACAGAGUACAGAUCCCUCAACAGUCACGGUAACUUCAGAGAAAGGACAGCAGAUUGCCACAAAUGAUCCAACAUUAUCUGUUGAACAAAACAAAGUAGAACAAAAUAAUAGUUCCAUUGAUUCCUGCGUGGCAGGUGCUACAGCUGCUGACAUCGAGACUAAUGUAGAUGAUAGCCAGGAAUUGGAUCAGAAAAAUGGAAAUAGUAUGGAGUUGGACACAUCAUUGCAGUUAGCAGAAACUGCAACCAAUGACCUAAAUAAAGGAGUCCCCCAACUAACAUACCUGGAUGACUGCAGCCCCACAAACAUUCCAGUUUGUGCCUAUCCUGAACUAUGUGAGGUGCCAGAUAACUUAACAUCAACAGAUGUUUUACCAUUUGAACGUUCCAUGUAUCAAGAUAAUCUGACAGAGAAUCAACCUGGCAAUGAUGAUGUAAACCAUAGCUCUCAAAAUAUGUCCUGCUCCACAUACAGCAGACUUGUCAUUUCACCAAAGAAAGAGAACUCUGAGAGCAGUAUGACAGAAAGGGAACUUUACCCUGACAGUUGGACACCAAGGGAUCCCUUGUCUUUAGGUGAAUGCUGUGACUUUGAAGCUGAAAAUCUGCUCAUGUGUGAGAUAGCUAGAUCAGUGCACAGUAAAGAUUUGCCAGUCGCUCAUAACAUUGCCACUGGAGAAGACAACAUGGGUGAUGAUGAGGACAACAACCGAUAUUGUGACCUCCAAGAGAAAAUGGCAGACAUUGAUGUUGGUGUGGUUGAGUCAAACAUUGCCAGCUGGAGAUCGAUUCAAGAUCUUUCAGAGGCAGGAGGGGGUGAGGAUGAUGCAAAUAAUCUUCAAAAUCCAGAGAGCAAUCCGAUUAUACAUUGCAGUUCUGAUAAGGGUCUGGUGCCAUCGUGGAAUGAUCCAGAAAAAACUUGCACACCCUUAAUCCUGAGUGCUCCAUCAGACCUUACAUUGAAUAUGCUUUCAGAUGAUGGGAAAGAUGGGAAAGAUCAAACUCCAAAUACAGACUUCAACAUUCCAGAGGAUUUAUCUUCAGGCACAUUAAGGAAGGAAAGUGAUGAAAUAACUUCUGAACAGUCUCAGGAUCUGGAAUCUUGUCAAGAACCUGAUAAUGUCACGUUAACAGCAACCAUCUCCCUAGAACACACUGAUCUUUGUGAAUCUUCUACAAAAACAGUCAUUUCUAACCAAUCAGAUAAUCUUGGUCCAGUUUUAAAUCAGGGUCAUUCAAAUUCUCAACAGAUUACCUUUAGAAACACUGACUCUGUCUCGGAAAACAAGCUCAAAUUCAACUUGCAAGGAGGAUCAUUUGGCACCUUCACAUUCAGAAAGAAACCAACUGAUAUAAAGAUUGUGACCUCCUCAGAAUUAACAAUUCUCCAACAGAUUUCUGUCUCACAUAAAGAGACAAAUUCCUAUGAUGGGUCUUCAAAUGAGGUUGUGGGGGAGAAAGUAAUUCAGUUAAGAGCACACAUCAAAAAUGAAACCGUAACUGAUGAAGCUAAAACCACUGACAAACAACUUCUUGAACAAGAGACUACAACUGACGCUCAGGAUCAGGAGAUAGAUAAAUCAGACUCCCAUGAGAAGGGAAACAAGGGACUGAAAACAUGUCAAAAGAGAGAAGAACAAGAUUUUACAGAGAAUGUUUCAUUUCUGGAGCAGAACAAAAAUCUUGAUGAUGAUUCACAUAAAUCAGGUCUUUCUCAAGCUGACAGUGAUGAGGCAACACCAGAAACGGCACAGAUUGCUAAUUCAGGUCAUGGCACAAAACCAAAGGUAAUUGAUGCCCUUAAAACCAACAUUGCAGAUUUAGCCUCAAUGGACAAUGAAAAGAUCCAGUGCCAAGGAAAGGAAAUGGAGAAUACAGGUAAUCAAGCGCCAAGUUUUGAUAGAUUUUCAAUGAGAGAGGAAUUUGGUGAAACUCAGCAGAAAGAGGAUGUCUCUAUAACGGAGAACACUGAACUUGAUCAAACACCAGAACAAUCAAUUUUUCACCCCCCUGACCCAAGCUAUAUUGAUCCAAAAGAGUCUGUUCAUACCAAGUCAGUGGUUGUAUCUCAGACAACAGACCUUACAAGGCCAGAUGGGCUGAAAGAACUUCCAGACAGUUCUUUGAGCAGAGUAAGUUUGACAGAACGCACAAGAGACAUCAAUGACAAUCACAUAGGGGGCAGUUCAUCCCUCAGGGUGGACAGCUCAGAACAAGACAGGGUCUCUCCAACAUGUUCAUCCACAGUUGUCCAGGAGGAAGAUCUCUCUAACCCCGUUCAGGAGUCACAGCCCAUUCAUGACAUCUCCCAAACAUCUGCUGCCUUCUCACAUACAGCUCCAGACAACAAACCCAACCAACCUGACUAUCAAAGUCCCCUCCGGACUCCUGGAAUAAGCAGUUUGGAAUCAGCAGCAUGGGAAACAGAGGAACAAACACCAACUUUGGUUCGUAUUCAAGACACGUGCGAUCAUGAAAGUGAGAGAACAGUCAUGACAGCAAAACCAUGCAGACAUGAGAACCCUCCAGUAUGCAAGGGACACCGAACAGAACAGUCCCAGUCCACAACAUCCACUGGACAAACAGACAGUAACCAUGCCCAAAGAACACUGAAUCAGUCAGAUGAAAGAGAUAUGCUCCCCUGCUUCAGUCCAAGACCAGACUCCCUCAUAAAAACAAAGCAAGCUGAGCGACAGAGCAUAGAGCGAGACGUGUACCCAAUUAGCUACAGAUCAAAAGGCCCAGAGGACUUGGAUCUCCGCUUCAAAAACAAUAUAGGUUCAGGUAAUGAAACAGACAGUGAUGGCUUCCUCCAUCUGGAUGAGGGUGGGCUGGAGCAGAGAGAUAUCGAGUUGGUGAUGGCACAGGCCAACGUGUCUCGAGCUAAAGCAGUCCGUGCACUGCGCCACAACAAGAAUGACAUCGUCAAUGCCAUUAUGGAGCUGACCAUGUAAAAGAGGAAAAGACUUCUUCCCCGCCCCUUGCGUGUUUUCUUCCCUAAGUAAUGCUGCUAUAUUGCGCCGCCCAAACUCCUGCUGAAAUAAAUCCGUUACAACCAGAGCUGUUCGUUUCCCAACAUUAUCUACGAAUCAUAUAAAUGCACAUUACAAACAAAAAUGUAUCGUUAUACAUUUUGAACAAAUUUUAAUAUUGCCUUAAUGGCUCAGAUGGUAGAUCAGAGGAUUGUAGAAAUAAAUGCUUAUGUCCUCAAAGCUGAUGGCUUAAAUCUGACCUAAAGUUUUUUUUUGUUUUUUUUUUUACUUUCCCCUGGGGUAUAUGUAUCUUAUCUUGCAAGCAUAAAUAGUUCACAUGGCACUAAAAUUCCAUUUAAAUUUAUUAUAGAAGCCUGUUUUUAGCAUGUUUUAAUUGUUUACGCAAAUUACAUGGACUGUGCACAAUUGUGCAACUACAAAUCAAAGAUAAUAUUUGUACUCCAUUUUCAAUGCAAUCAUGACAUCAGAUAGACUAUUUGAACACUGUCAAUUUUAAUCCAGAUCAAUAUACAUACAUACAAAGAUGACCAAAGUAAUAAUGGUGAAUGAUCAGUCUAUGAUAUAAAGGAUGUACAUUACCAAAACUUAUUUCUGCAACAUCUCAUGCAUUUAAAUGUCCUGUGCGGUCACACAUGUCUUUUCACAUUCAGCAUGAAUACUGCAUCCAAAAGAAAUAUUCACAUUAGAUUUUAGUGGAGGUAUGUGAUUAUAUCCGUGUUUGCUUUAUUCAUAAAAAAAUCAUUUCUAAUACUGUUUUGUUGACAUCACCCAUGCACAAACAGGCACACAAUGACCUUACCACAAUGAAAGUUUAGUUUUAUGGAAAGCAUAACUAGCAUUAGCUUCAACAUUUAGUUUACUGUAAGCCUCUUUAUAUUCACGUUAAUAAAAGCCUAAAAAUGUCAAGACAGAAGCUCUUUAUUCAAGUAAGGUUUGUGUAUUAAGGCCAACAAUUACUGUGUUUGGUCCUCCAGGUAAAAGUCUCUCUGAUUUCAGCUGUUCCCCAUCCUGUUUCAGUUCCCCUCCCUACCUUCGUUCUCAUUGUGUCCAGCUACAUUUGGAUCAGCUUUUAGGGGACAGGACAUUGGCCUGAAAGUGGCCCUGAUUGGUAAUGUUGCCCGCAGGGAAAUAACGUGCCACUACAAAGGUAGAACCAUCUGAGGCCACAGCUUUACCAACACCAAAUUUCGUCGAGCUUUUCCACACCAUUGCAGUGAA